UUCCAGCGCUCCGACUCGAUGGCAGCGCGCUCCGUGCAACUCAUCGAAGUCCUCGACAAACUCGAGCACCGGGUGGAGGCACUCCGUGACCAGGCCUACGCCAUGGAGCAGGAGAAGGAGGCGCUGGUGGAGCUGAUCCAGGAGGCUCGAUCCAGCCGUGACAUGUGGAGGAUCAGUGAGGGCGAGAAAGAGGAGCUCGCCAUGACAGCCGAGCGCCUGCUGUCGCGCACGCUCAGCGUGGCUGUGUCGCUGGAGACGGUGCGCAGCGCGGCGCAGCGGGAAGCGCUGCGGCGCGCCACAGCGCUCGUGGACGGCGUGGCGGAGCAGCUGCAAGGCGCUGGUGACGGCGAUGACCCCGGCACCACCGCCGCCGCGGACGCCGCCGCGUGUCGCCUUCUCUCCUUCCGCAACGCCUGCUCCUCCGAGCCGAGUGCCGGCGCUGUCGACCACAAGUUCCAGGCGACCGUCAUCGGCUGCGCCCUCGAGGAUCAGAAGCGGCUGAAGCGGAGGGUGGAGAUGCUGCUGAGGGGCGUGCGACUCGCCGGCGCGAGCCUCGAUGAUGAUGACCGGCGUGGUGGCAGUUGCGGUGGCGACGACGACGACGAUCGACGACGAGGGGGCGAGAGCGCCGCGCACGCACGGCCCGGCAUGCGGCCUUCUUGCCAGAACGACGACGAUGAUGGCGGCGGCGGUGGUGGUGGUGCUAAUGGUGCCUCUGCCGCGGUGACGAUACCGCUAACCCCGCCGCCACCGCUGCAUCUGCCACCCAAAUCCCGACCGCCACAACCACCGCCCGCGCCGCACAUUCAGAAGAAUCAGCAGCAGCCGUGGGCUCCUCAGCCCCAGAAUUUUCUUGCGAAGAUUGUCACCACUCCCCCACCGUCGGCUCCUCUUCCACAUACUCCUCAAUUGCAGCAGCAGAAGCCUCCGUCCACCAGGCCGCAGAGUUUUGCGAAGCUCCAUCCUCUCCGAGUCCACCUCCCACAGCGACCUCAACCUCAACAUCAGCAGCCGAAGCAGCAGCAGCAGCAGGAGCAGCAGCAGGCCAAGGCCCAGGCUCAAGAGGCUGACGGCCCACACGACAACAAGAACCGCUCUCCACAGCCGCUGUUUCACUUGUCUGCUGAACAGCCGCGGCCUCCUGCCCAGGCCUUUCCAUGUCACAACCAGGAGCACAACCCGCGGCCUCCUGCCCAGGCCUUUCCAUGUCACUACCAGGAGCACAAACCGCGGCCUCCUGAGAGUCAAAACCAGCCCAGGAACCUCUCUCCGCUGGUCCACUCUCCUCAGCAACGCUUCAUACAGCUGACUCGGAAUCACCACCAGCCCAAGCCUCAGUCUCCUCAGAAUGACCACCAGAUCUUGAAUCUAUUUCCUCAGCAACACUUCAUACAGCUAACUCAGAGACACCCAGAGCCCAAGCCUCAGUCUCCUCAGAAUGACCAUCAGAUCUUGAGUGCCUCUCCUCAGCAUCGCUUCAUACAGCAGACGCAGACUCAUCCAGAACCCAAGCCUCAGUCUCCUCAGAAUGACCAUCAGAUCUUGAGUGCCUCUCCUCAGCAUCGCUUCAUACAGCAGACGCAGACUCAUCCAGGGCCAAAGCCUCAGUCUCCUCAGAAUGACCACCAGAUCUUGAGUCUAUCUCCUCAGCAACACUUCAUACAGCUCACUCAGAGACACCCAGGGCCCAAGCCUCAGUCUCCUCAGAAUGACCACCAGAUCUUGAGUGUCUCUCCUCAGCAACGCUUCAUACAGCAGACGCAGACUCGCCCAGGGCCCAAGCCUCAGUCUCCUCAUAAUGACCACCAGAUCUUGAGUGUCUCUCCUCAGCAACGCUUCAUACAGCAGACGCAGACUCACCCAGGGCCCAAGCCUCAGUCUCCUCAGAAUGACCACGAAAUCUUGAGUCUAUCUCCUCAGCAACACUUCAUCCAGCUCACUCAGAGACACCCAGAGCCCAAGCCUCAGUCUCCUCAGAAUGACCACCAGAUCUUGAGUCUAUCUCCUCAGCAACACUUCAUCCAGCUCACUCAGACUCACCCAGAGCCGAAGCCUCAAUCUCCUCAGAAUGACCACCAGAUCUUGAGUCUAUCUCCUCAGCAACACUUCAUGCAGCUCACCCAGACUCACCCAGAGCCCAAGCCUCAGUCUCCUCAGAAUGACCACCAGAUCUUGAGUCUAUCUCCUCAGCAACACUUCAUCCAGCUCACUCAGACUCACCCAGAGCCCAAGCCUCAGUCUCCUCAGAAUGACCACCAGAUCUUGAGUCUAUCUCCUCAGCAACACUUCAUACAACUCACCCAGACUCACCCAGGGCCAAUGCCUCAGUCACAUCAGAAUGACCACCAGCCCAAGAUCCACUCCCCUCAGCCACAGGCCGAAGCCAAGCCCUCAUCUCCCAAGCCCCAGUGCUCCCAGGGCCCUCCGCUUCCUCGGCAGAGGAGGACCAUCAACAUCACGAUCCCGGUCGUCCACCACUGAUGGAUCCACCCUCUGCAGGCUGCCACAAACCCCCCCACACCCCCCCGAAGAACGACAACCACUUCGCAGCGACUCCCACAGCUCACUCUGCGGGAGCACGUUGGCAUUCUACGCCGCCGCGCGAUUGGCAGCAGUCCACGGGACCUUCACACGCGCGGCUCACCGCCUGCCGCAUCCAAGCGGGGAGGCGAUGCACGGCGCCGGUUCGCGUCGUUCACAAGCACGUGUCACUCGAGCCCGUGACCCGGUCACGUGACCGUAGUCACGAGCACGUGACCCGCUCACUAGCGAGCCAGAGCGGGCCGCACCACUCGUUCAAGAGUCAUCGGCAAUCCAGCAGAGUUGUUAAGUUGGGAUAAUUAAUGGUGGGCUUCUCUCCGACUCUUACCUAACACCCUGUGUCACAGUGAGUCUAUGGGGUCUCUGUUCAGGUCUAUGGGUCAUUUUGUGAGUCUAUGGGUCUCUCAGUGAGUCCAGGGGUCUCUGGUGAGUUGAUGGGUCUCUGUGUGAGUCUAUGGGUCUCUGUGUGAGUCUAUGGGUCUCUGUGUGAGUCUAAAGGUCUUGUGGGGGACGCGGGCCCCCGGCUCCCCCCCGGGGGAGGGUUGAUCUCGGGAGGGCUGCUGUCUCCUGACUCCUCACUCGUGUGUGAGCCGCCGCUGCUCGACUCCUCGUUCACGGGGGGGGGGGGGGGGGGGGGCUGCCGCUCUCCGGCUCCUCUCCCCGCACCGCGGCCCUCGAGUCCGCGACCCCGAGUCCUGUCUGUGAGGCAUAGCUCGGGGCUGGCACUCGGCUGCCUGGAAUCAAUCAGUCGCUUCUCAGCCACUCAAAUGCGACGUCUCCGCUCUCACAACCCCGCGCACCAAUCACAUGCACGGAACGGGGGGUCAGGGGUCAAAAGGCAAUGGCGUCACUCGCACACGCAUUGCCACCGAGGGUGGGUAAUGGAGAUUGUUUAAAGGGCUGUGGGGCGGGCACUCGGGGUUGGUUUUAGAGCGACGCACCAAUUGCACGCGCGGAAUAGGGGGUCAGGGGUCAAAGGGCAAUGACGUCACUCGCAAACGCGUUGCUGCUGUGGGUGGGUAAUGGAGAUUUAAAGGGCUGUGGGGUGGGUAUUCAGGGUUGGUUUUAGAACGAGUAUUACUGUACCCUUGGGCAUUUAAUAAAUGGUUUAAUCGUCCCCCGGCUCUUCUACGCAAUGAUGAAUGCUGGCGACAGGAUUCACGCGCAAACUCGGCAAAUGUGCGCGUCAGACCCUUGCCCGAUGGUCGCCCCGAUAUAGUUCGGCACGUGCCAAUCUUCGCGUCCUGAAGAACGUACACACGCCACCACCCGCUCUCCCCACACUCUCAGAAACCACACAAAACUGUUUAUGGAUUACUAAUCGUUUAUUCCCGGCGUGCCUCAUACUAAGUAUCCCGGAGCCUGAAGCCGAAAUCAGUGGGCAAUUAACCUGUUCCACGGGGUCUAAACCCAAUUUUUCCCGCCAUUUUCGAUUUAUCCUCUCUAGGAAUUACCGCGCCGUUCUCUACUUCUCUCUCGUACUCACAGUUCGAUCCGUACGGAGCUCCUGCGGGCCAGUCCUCGCUGCACUGCGACUCGGCACACGGACGUUCGAGUGGCUGGAGAGUCGGCCGAUUGCCGACUUGUGCCGGACACGAACUCACUCUAUCUCUACCUUUCCUCGCCUUUUAUUGUUCUUUACAUCAAAGGAAGGUCGUCGCUGAUCCGAUGGCCUUCCCGGCCAAUCAGAUUGCUCGUUUGUACUAUAGCGUUAUUCGGACCGGUGCUCUUAGCGCCGUCCGCAUCCAGGCUUCCACAUCAAGGGGACUGCCGCUAAUCUCCCGACCAAUCAGAGUGCCUGCCCUGGUUUCCCGCCAUUCGUGGCUCCGCCCCCUACCUGCCUGCUAACCCGUGUGUGUUGUGUGUGUCUCAACCGCGGGGUAGGCCUCGGCAAGGCAAGGUAAUUUACCCUUUUUACCGGGUAAAAGGGUAAAGGGUAAAGUGGUCGACAUGCCAAGGGGUAAGGUGAAGAGUAGGGUAAAGGCAGCUCGGAAGAAUUACCCGGUUGGGUAUAGGUAGCGCGAAGUAUUACCAGGUAAACACGGUACCUUGUUUACCGCUAAACACUCUGUGGCGCAGUCCGUGGCCUCCAUUUAACAAGUAAUAUUUAAAAUAACUUUUUUUAAAAAACGCUUUUAUUAAAUGUACGAGUAAUGGCAGAACUCCACGACUCCAGGAAGUGGCCCCGAGGCUUGCCACAACGUAAGGGACCGUGGCCAAUUACAGCCAACGUCAGUUGAGGCUGGACAAUUAGACCCAAGCCAAAACAUAACAUAUAUAAAAUAAUGUUUAAAAAUAUUUUUUUUAUGAUAGAAUAUAUUGUCAUCAGUAUGACAUAAGUAUACCAGGUUUGCAGUCGAUACCACAUUGGGAAGUGGGUUAAAUUUGAGUUACAAGAUUUGAGGAGACGACAAUGACAACGACAACAACGACAACAAUGACAACAACGACAACAACGACAAGCGUGUACAAUUAGAAUCAUCAAGAGUAUUCUUUAUGUAUAAAGCGCUCUACCUAGCACUUACCGUUAUAAACCUUGUUCAUGUGUCGUAGUACCCUAGUAAUUACCCUGUAAUCGGGUCAUUUGUAUGGGGUAAGGGUAAAAGUAGGCUCGUUGUUUUUACCUUUUAACUUUUACCUUACCUUGCCAAGGUCUACCGUGGGGGCUGAGUAGCCUCAUCGUGAGCGUGUAAUUCCACGUUGAUUCACGGCGCCGCAGCGCAAUUGAGCCUGGGGAAGCCUCGGCCAAUUCCCUGGCCCUAGGAAACCGUGGAGAAUGCCCCCCCACGAGGAGGGCUCCUGGGUGAAAACAUGUGGGCCAGGCGACUUCCCCGCGAGGCUCUAUGUGGGGGUGGGUGCGGGUGUUCAUGUGGGGGGUGGUGAGGGAAGAGCAGCGUCGGCCAGGCCGCUUGUUGGUGGUGGGAUCUUAGGUGGGGCGUCGUCAGAGCGGCUUCGCCGCUGUGGCAUCACAAUCUCUAUGUGAGUCUAUGGGUCUCUGUAUGAGUCUAUGAAUCUCUGUGUGAGUCUAUGGGUCUCUGUGUGAGUCUAUGAAUCUUUGUGUGAGUCUAUGGGUCUUUGUGUGAGUCUAUGAAUCUCUGUGUGAGUCUAUGGGUCUCUGUGUGAGUCUAUGAAUCUCUGUGUGAGUUUAUGGGUCUCUGUGUGAGUCUAUGAAUCUCUGUGUGCGUCUAUGGGUCUCUGUGUGAGUCUAUGGGUCUCUGCGUGGGACGAGGCUGUCAGGGCAGACCUUGGAGGUCGCCGCGUAUCUCCUGUGCAGCAGCCGUGGGGUCUGGCGAUGGGUGGGACGUGGACGGUAACGAUGUGUGGUGGCAGUGGUGGCACUGGUGGUGGUGGUGGCGCUGGUGGCAGUGGUGGCACUGGUGGUGGUGGCACAGGUGGUGGUGGCACUGGUGGUGGUGGUGGCACUGGUGAUGUUGGUGGCGGCGGUGGCGGCAUUGCCGGCUUAGCCCGAGGUGACGUCUCCAUCUGAAUCCCCUAGCAGCUGCGUCAAUAAGUGCCGAUCGUAAAUCCGUGGCCAAUUACAGCCAACGUCAGUUGAGGCUGGACAAUUAGACCCAAGCCAAAACAUAACAUAUAUAAAAUAAUGUUUAAAAAUAUUUUUUUUAUGAUAGAAUAUAUUGUCAUCAGUAUGACAUAAGUAUACCAGGUUUGCAGUCGAUACCACAUUGGGAAGUGGGUUAAAUUUGAGUUACAAGAUUUGAGGAGACGACAAUGACAACGACAACAACGACAACAAUGACAACAACGACAACAACGACAAGCGUGUAAAAUUAGAAUCAUCAAGAGUAUUCUUUAUGUAUAAAGCGCUCUACCUAGCACUUACCGUUAUAAACCUUGUUCAUGUGUCGUAGUACCCUAGUAAUUACCCUGUAAUCGGGUCAUUUGUAUGGGGUAAGGGUAAAAGUAGGCUCGUUGUUUUUACCUUUUAACUUUUACCUUACCUUGCCAAGGUCUACCGUGGGGGCUGAGUAGCCUCAUCGUGAGCGUGUAAUUCCACGUUGAUUCACGGCGCCGCAGCGCAAUUGAGCCUGGGGAAGCCUCGGCCAAUUCCCUGGCCCUAGGAAACCGUGGAGAAUGCCCCCCCACGAGGAGGGCUCCUGGGUGAAAACAUGUGGGCCAGGCGACUUCCCCGCGAGGCUCUAUGUGGGGGUGGGUGCGGGUGUUCAUGUGGGGGGUGGUGAGGGAAGAGCAGCGUCGGCCAGGCCGCUUGUUGGUGGUGGGAUCUUAGGUGGGGCGUCGUCAGAGCGGCUUCGCCGCUGUGGCAUCACAAUCUCUAUGUGAGUCUAUGGGUCUCUGUAUGAGUCUAUGAAUCUCUGUGUGAGUCUAUGGGUCUCUGUGUGAGUCUAUGAAUCUUUGUGUGAGUCUAUGGGUCUUUGUGUGAGUCUAUGAAUCUCUGUGUGAGUCUAUGGGUCUCUGUGUGAGUCUAUGAAUCUCUGUGUGAGUUUAUGGGUCUCUGUGUGAGUCUAUGAAUCUCUGUGUGCGUCUAUGGGUCUCUGUGUGAGUCUAUGGGUCUCUGCGUGGGACGAGGCUGUCAGGGCAGACCUUGGAGGUCGCCGCGUAUCUCCUGUGCAGCAGCCGUGGGGUCUGGCGAUGGGUGGGACGUGGACGGUAACGAUGUGUGGUGGCAGUGGUGGCACUGGUGGUGGUGGUGGCGCUGGUGGCAGUGGUGGCACUGGUGGUGGUGGCACAGGUGGUGGUGGCACUGGUGGUGGUGGUGGCACUGGUGAUGUUGGUGGCGGCGGUGGCGGCAUUGCCGGCUUAGCCCGAGGUGACGUCUCCAUCUGAAUCCCCUAGCAGCUGCGUCAAUAAGUGCCGAUCGUAAAUCCCCCGCCCUCCCCCUCCCAACUCCUUCCCGUGAACGACGUCCUCCUCGCCGAUGUUUUUGCGUUCGCUGAUCCCGUGUUGACGUGGGGGCUCGUCUGGCCGCGGUGUCGGGUUCCAUCUACGACGCAGACAAUGUGGAUUCCGUGGCCCAAGUUCAAUUCAAGCCGCUCGGGACAGUGUUCACCCCGAAGGACCCCUUCCGUGCCGUCUGACAAUGCGGCUGCCACCUCCGCAACCGCAGCCCGAGAAUUGCAAUGUAAUCUUGUUGGCUUCACGAGUGCAGUUCAGCGUUCCUCGCUUUCCCCCGGCGCGGCCAAGCUUUUAAUAAAUGGAUGUUCUCCUCGGAGAGCUCGGGUUCUCCCGGUGCACGGGCAUUUGUCGUUGUUGAUGUUAUUGUUGUCGUCGACAUCGUUGAACUGAGGAACGACGUUCAACAAUAACACCGUCAAGGAAUUACGUUUCAGGUAAAGUCCCCGCGUGGGUGUUCGCGGGGCUGAGUCGUGAGACGUCACGCUGCGAUGCCCCUGGGCUGGGGGGGUAAACUCUCCAACUCCCACAGAUAACAACAACGACGCCUCCUCCUCGCCCUCAUCACGGCUCGAGCCAACCUUGCAGCUGAGCAGCUGGCCAACUCGGCCGGCGUGAGUUCGUACCCGACGCGUAGACAGGAGCUUUCCAGACAGGGGCUUUCCAGACGGGAGCUUUCCUGUGGCUCCUGUUUGGUUGCAGCUUCGCCAGCCGGCGGGCUUCGUGAUGGCUCUCAGCGUGGACUCCUCUGCGCCGCGGUGGCCAGGAGAUGUUAUCUCCCGCGCCUGCUAUGCAGGAGGUCGUGGGCUCGAUCCCGACUCUGACGCCUGUUGUAUAUUUAGAGUUAAAUCUAAGACCAUCCCGAAAGCAGUUGUUGAGCUCCAGUAUGCUGACGAUGCUGUAGUGUGUCCACUCAGAAGCGGAUCUUCAGGCAAUAGUCAAAGCUGUUACUGGGGCAUAUGAGAGAAUGGGACUGACGCUUAAUAUUGUAAAGACUCAGGUUCUCCAUCAACCAGUUCUCAAUGAGCAGUCCCCAGCUCCAACAAUUGACAUCCACGGCGAGACUGGAAAUUGUUGAGCAUUUCCCAUGCGUCGGAAGCCUUCUUUCACAGAAUGCUGACGUCGUCAAAGAAAUCCAAACUCGCCUGAAAUGGUGCAAGUGGAGGUUUCGGCGGGCUGAGGAAAAGGGUGUUUGAGGUUCGUGACAUCAGGUCCAAAAACUAAGAUCGCGGUUUAUCAAGCGGGUCGUAAUCUCUACCUUACUGCACGAAGCUGAGACGUGGAGAACACCACAGGGGACAUCCCAAAGCACCUCGAGAGGUACCAUCAACACUGCCUGCGGAAGAUCCUUAAAGUCCGGUGGGAAGACAGACGCACUAACAUCAGCGUCCUCUCUCCCGAAGCAAAACGCCAUCGACUCCCCCAGCUUAGUCGGGCUGUGCGCGUUCAAGAGGAGUGCAGAGAAAGGGCUUCAAGGAUGUCCUCAAGGCCACAUGAGGUAGAAGUUGCACCAUCGACACCAACUCUCUCACUGACAAUGCGUGAGAGGGCUCUGAGAUCCGCCACAAACGCAAGUGCAAAUGUCAGGCAACUCGUCUUCUCCCCGUCCAUGACGAUGUCUUGAUUGAUGCGAGCGUACGCAGUAGGUCCAGUGCAGUUAUGGGACUAGACGAGAAGUUGGGACGAUGACUCUCAGGCACAAUUUAAGGGUUGUCAAGAGAGAGGGAAGCGAGCGAUGUUGAACGGUGAUGCAUUUGGAGACAUUUUACUCUGGUGCGUUUUGUUAAACACGUGACCUGCCGGUCCAUAACGAGAAUUAAAUCCGCUGGCAAUGU